AGCUGCAACAACAACAGCACGGCACAUCAAGAAUAACAACAGCGGGCAAAUAUUUUAUUGGGCACCUCGGGCAGCUUGUUUUCGUCAAAUCCACCAAAAUUAUUCGCAACAUGGACGAGUCGGAACUGCUAUUUAAUCUCUUCUACUUCCUGCUGUGCAUGGUUAUUAUCUACCCCCCGGAAGAGUUCCAGCGUCUGGGCUUCACUAUUGAGCAGUUGUUCGCUCGGUUUCUGGGCGAGGAAUACCUAGACUUUGUGGGAUACCACCUGCGUCGCACCUCCCUGAACCUCUUCGUGCACUCCUGCCUGCCGUUCUCCUACUUUCUCAUCCACAGGCUCAAGUUCUCCGUCUUCGCCACCCAGGAGCCUCUGGAGGAUUCCGAUCUUGACCCAGAUUUCCCGAUGCCCCAGGAGGCGGUGGCGUUCAAAACGCUUACGUGGAAGACCGCUCAGCGGUUUAGCGUGCUGGCCGUUCUGGCCGUGCCCGCCCUCAUCUUCAACUGGCAUCAGCAGAACUGGCGCCGCCACCCGAUAUGCAAGACCCUCUCCAAGUACUCCAACUCGCCGGGCAGCUAUAGUGCCGUGGCCAGCGACAUUGGCACCGAGUUCCGGCGGCCAGAAAUUUACAAAAAGAAGUUGAACUCUAUCAGCACUGUGAUUGCCACGCAGAACUGGAUAAUCAAGACCACUAUGUACAACGUCCAUUUCGCUCAUCAGAGCAACACAUCCCUCAGCGUGGCUAAGGCGGAGACCUACAAUAUAUCUCAUCACGACCAGAACGACACUCUGCAGAUGAUCAGCAUUAUUGUGCGACCAAUGCGACAGGGCGUAAGCGACUUUCACAUACGAAUUAACGCCUUGGAGUUUAGGAACCUAGAGGACCGUGUCCGGCGACCCAUCUCCAUUCCCUCCAACAUCCAGUUUCACCGCAAUGUCAUCGACCGUUUUGUGGACGUGUUCAAGUCGCAAGUCGCUUUAAACCCCAUCUUUCUGGCGGAAGCCUCUACGGAUAAGUGUUUUGCCUGCAUGCUGAACGAACCAAACACCAAGAUCCACAAACAGUGUGCCGACUUGGAUCGCAAUGGCGCUCCCCUUGCCGAAGGAGCGUGCUGCUCCAACUGCUACUGCCGCCCCAUGUGGUGCGUGGAGUGCCUUGCGCGGUGGUUCGCCGCUCGCCAAACCGACGUGGACCGCGAGGUGUGGCUGGAGCAAAAGUGCACUUGCCCCAUGUGUCGGGCCAAGUUUUGUGUGCUCGAUGUCAGCUACAUCAGACCACCAGUCGACAUAAGAGCCCCAUCCCAGUAUCGCGGAGCCGAUCACGAGGCUGACGAUACCACGUGAUUGACGACUGUUAAAGUAACAAUUAAACGACUCUUAAAUCGAA